AUGUAUUGUUUGCAAUGGCUAAUCCCCGUGCUGCUAAUUCCAAAGCCCGUGAACCCGGCGUUAGUGAACACGCAUGUUAUGUUCAUGGUGUUAUAUUUAAUAGGAUUUUUCUUGGAGAGAAAGCCUUGUACAGUGUGCAGUGUUGUCUUCCUUGCAGCCGUGAUACUAAUUUGUUAUAGCGGUAUCGGAAACUGUCUGUUCUGGGCCAGCCAAUGUGAUAGUGAGAAAUAUGACACCUAG